AUGGCUGAAGAAAUAAUUGAAGGUGAUGCAAAGGAACAAUAUAACAUGUUAUGGAGAUAUGUAGCUGAGUUGAGAAAACAUUGUGCUGGGAACACUGUCAAACUAAAUACUGAGAGACACCAUCCAACACUACCACUAAGAUUUGACCAACAAAAGGGACUUGUUAGUGUCUUUGAGGAAAUGCAUCAGCAAGUUGAACACAGGGUCUGCCUCAGACACCUGAUUGCUAAUAGUGUUGUUAAGCUUGAUAAGUGGAAGCACAAUGUCAUACCUAAUCCUAGGAAAAGGCAUGUUGUUUCUGCAUUACAGAAUCAAAACUUAGAUCCUAAGAAAUAUGUUGACCCUUGUUACAUGAGAGAAGCUUACAAGGCAUGUUAUGAAAACAAUGUUAGUCCAAUAAAUGGCAUGGACAUAUGGCCAACUGUGGAUGCUGAAGAAUUGUUGCCACCACAAUACAAGAAGGGACCUGGAAGGCCUAAGAAACUGAGGUUUAGAGAGUUGGAUGAGAAUGGUUCAAGGAUGAGGAGGGUAGGUGUAGCAUAUAGAUGCACGCAUUGUGACAAAUUUGGCCAUAAUUCUAGGAAGUGUCAAGCUAAGGAGCAAGAUCCUAAUGCACUAAAGAGAAAGAGAAAGACACCCAGGACCAAAGUGUCAAAAAAAUCUGAUGGGACUGUGGAUGAAGGCCCAGAGAUGGAUGCAAAUGUUGAUACAACUGAAACUGGAGGUGGAACUGUGGAUGAAGGCCCAGAGAUGGAUGCAUUGCUGAAUAAUAUGAUGGAUCUUUAUGAAGAACAACAAUCACAAGUUGACAAUCCCACACAACCUACUGCUAUGCAACCUCCCCCAACACAUGAAUCACAACCUGCUGCAAUGCAACCUCCCCCAACACAUGAUUCACAACCUGCUACAAUGCAACCUGACCCUGCUGCUACUAAUGUCAAAAAACCUUCAGCUAGGAAAAAGGCUGUGGCCGUGCCUUGGAAGCGAUCAAGAAAGAGAGUCAGUGAAAGAUUGAAGGAAGUGAGGAAUGCCAAAAGACAUGGUGGGCCUGGAUCAACACCUGAUGCACCUUUGACCAUAGGUGAAGAAACUGGUGGUAGCACCUCAAAGAAGAUAUCAAGGAAGAAGAGGAAGGGCAUUGAUCAGUAG